UUCAUUGUGAUCAUCUUGGCCGCCGGCAUGGUGGCCUUCAUCGGAGCGGUUAUCUGCAUCAUCGCGGCCGUGCACACCGGCUCCUCCAGGGCUGCCGCGGCUCAGCAGCAACCUGCGGCCGACAACCACUCGCUGUUCCCGGCCGCGGGGCCGCAGAGUCCCGGGGGCUCCGCAGCCCGGCCCGGCUCCCUGGGCGCUCUCCAUGGUUCUGAAACACCCGAGGCGGAGACUCCCACCUUCCACCUGGGGCUCGGGGGUCCGGGGGGGGUCACCGGACUCACCGGACACGACCCGGCGGUCAGCAGACUCAUCUGCACCCCCAUUCCCGCCGGAGACUGCAACCCCAAAAACUUUCAGCAACAAGCGGACGACCCGUCGCUGUACGCCGGGGAGGACUGGGGCUACCUCCGCUCCACCGCGGAGGAGCUCCGACAGACCGUGCUGCAGCAGAAGGACCAGAUCCUCACCGACCAGAGGACCAUCCGGGACCUGACCGGGAAACUGACCGAGUGCGAGAAGGGUCUGGACGGCGUGGAGAGACGCGGGGGAUCUGCCGGGCUGUGGGGGGGCACGGGGAUGGCGGAGGGGGGGCACCUGGAGCGGAUCAUGGUGCGGGACAGCCCGGUCUCUGCGCCCGACGGUGCCCACCUGCUCACCGCCAGGGCUGUGGAUGAGCUGGAGCAGGCGAUCACUCAGCUCAAAGACCGCAUAGAGAAACUGGAGGUAGACAUUGGCCCGUUUCCUCACAACCAGACGGACGGUAGCAUCUCCGGAGCGCAUGAGGAAGGCGGGCUGUCUGGCGGCCAGGAGAGGUCGGCCGUUCCCGGGCACCGAGCUGGUGCUGACAGGCCCUGGAGGAUGGAAGACUUGGAGGGAGAGCUGGAGAGGAAGGUGGAGCUGCUGGAGAAAGAGAGAAAAGCCCUCAGGCUGGAAACUGAGAAACACAGACAGGAAAUCGACCAGGGCCUCAGCAAACUGCAGCACCGGAUCUCCGGACUGGAGGAAGGUGUCUCUGGACAUUCCUUCCCUGACGGCUACAGACUGUCCUUCCCAACACGGACAAACUACAUGUACGCUGUUGUGAAACACUCCAUCCCGAAGCUGCGGGCCCUCACCCUCUGCCUGUGGCUGCGGCCCACGGAGGGGGGCAUUGGGACCCCUCUGUCCUACGCCGUUCCCGAGCAGCCCAACGAGCUGGUGCUGCUGCAAGGCCUGCACACCCCCACCGAGCUGCUCAUCAACGACAAGGUGGCACAGUUACCUCUGAACCUCACCAGAGGCAGCUGGCAGCACAUCUGUGUGAGCUGGAGCCAGAAGGGGGGAGUGUGGCAGGCCUACCAGGGGGGGAAGCUGAGGGGUGAGGGCCACGCGCUGGCUUCCGGACAUCACAUCAGGCCUGGGGGAGUCCUCAUACUGGGGCAGGAGCAGGAUUCCCUCGGGGGAGGAUUUGACUCAUCCCAGGCCCUGGUUGGAGAGCUGUCCCAGGUGGGCCUCUGGGACCGGGUCCUGUCCUCGAGCCAGGUGGCCAGCUUGGCUCGCUGCGGCCGAGUGGCUCAUGGGAGCGUGGCCCCCUGGACGGAGAACGCAGUCAGUGUUUAUGGAGGAGCCAGCAAGGACCCGGGGGAGCCGUGUGCUAAACACAGCAGGAGCUCCCAGUGA